AUGGCCUCUCCCGUGGCUGCCGCAAAACAGCAGCUGAGGCGCCUUAUCAAGCAGAGACUCUCCAAAGUCUCCCAAGAGUCCGUACUCGGCCAAAGUCACACAAUAUUUGAGACGCUUAAAAACUUCAAGCCCUACCAGGAUGCCAAACGCAUCAGCGUCUAUCUCUCCAUGCCUGUCGGAGAGAUCCAGACCGACGCCAUCGUCCGCCAUGCCCUGAGCUUAGGAAAGCAGGUCUUUGUCCCAUACUUGCACAAGUCGCCCCUCGAUGAGCCCGGGACUCCCGCCCGCGUUAUGGACAUGGUGCAGCUGCAGGACCUCCAAGAUUACGACGGCCUCCAGCGAGAUUCUUGGGGUAUUCCUAGUAUCGAUCCUGCGACGGUGCAUCAGCGGCAGCGCAUUCUCGGCGGUCCGGACGUGCACAAGUCAGACCAGUCUACUUUGGACCUCAUACUCAUGCCGGGCGUCGCGUUUGAUACCGACGACAAGGGCUGUGUACGGAGACUCGGCCACGGCAAAGGCUUCUACGAUUUCUUUCUGAACAGGUACUUGGCUGCAAAGCCUCACGAUGAGGGCGAAGCUAGCAGUGGCCCUUUGCUGCGCUUCUACGGCUUGGCUCUCACGGAGCAGCUUCUCGAUCCGGCGACGGAUGCGCCAGUGCCUAUGGGUCAGUUUGACCGGAAGCUGCACGGUUUGAUUCUAGGCGAUGGUCAGAUUAAGCUUUCACCGGAUAUUCAAUCAGUAAGCGCUUCAUGA